CUUUGCCGUACAAUAACUUGUACUUAUAAUUUAAAAUACGAGCGUUGCGAAACUACUUUUCGUCUCGGAUGUACACUAACGUCUGCGCCCCAACAGCUUUGUGACGUCAGCAUCUCAGUCCGGCAUCCUGUUCCGUUUCGUAGCUGACUGAUAGCCUCCGCCGUCGUCGUUAUUUCCCGAAAGAAGAUGGCCGCAGGUCCCCUUUCGGUUUCUUCAACCGCAUCGACUACCAACGAUGGCAUCCUCAUUGGUGACAAAGUUUACUCCGAAGUUUACCUUACGAUCGACAACUCUCUUAUCCCCGAGGACAGGCUCUCUCCGACGCCGUCAAUGCUCGACGGCCUCGACCUCCACACCGAGACCGACCUUCGCAUCCUGGGAUGUGAGCUGAUUCAGUCGGCGGGCAUCCUUCUCCGUUUGCCUCAGGUGGCGAUGGCAACGGGGCAGGUGCUUUUUCAUCGUUUCUUUUAUUCCAAGUCCUUCGUCAAGCAUAGUUUUGAGAUUGUUGCAAUGGCAUGUAUUAACUUGGCCUCCAAGAUUGAAGAAGCACCCAGGCGAAUAAGAGAUGUCAUCAACGUUUUUCAUCACCUCAAGCAGAUUAGAGUGAAAAAGACUCCAAGUUCAUUGAUUCUUGAUCAGAACUACAUAAACACCAAAAAUCAAGUCAUCAAAGCUGAGCGGCGUAUACUGAAGGAGCUGGGCUUCUGUGUGCAUGUCAAGCAUCCGCACAAGAUAAUUGUCAUGUACUUGCAAGUCCUGGAGUGUGAAAAGAACCAAACGCUGGUCCAGACUGCCUGGAAUUACAUGAAUGACAGCUUGAGGACAAACGUGUUUGUACGGUUCCAAGCAGAGACCAUUGCCUGUGCCUGCAUAUUCCUUGCUGCCCGAGCUCUACAGAUCCCCCUGCCCUCCAGACCUCAGUGGUACAUGCUGUUCGGAGCAAGCGAUGACGACAUUAAAGACGUCUGCGUCACCACCCUUAAACUCUACACAAGGAAGAAGCCCAACUAUGAGCAGCUGGAGAAGGAAGUGGACCGGAGGAAGGUGUCCUUGGCCGAAGCUAAGCUAAAGGCCAAGGGCCUGAAUCCAGACGGCACGCCAGCACUAACCACUCUGGGGGGCUUCUCACCUGCUUCAAAACCCUGUUCCCCAAAUGUGGUCAAAGUGGAAGAGAAGUCCCCCAACAGCCAAACGGUCAAAACUGUUAAGAAGGAGCCAGAGAGCCGCACGCAGAUGACAAAAAGUCCCCACAACGGAAUGAGGAAGGAGGCAAAGAUCGGGAGGAAUAGCCGGAGCGGCAGCCGUUCACGAUCCAGAACGCGUUCCCGUUCCAGAACGCGUUCCCCUCGCAGGCAUUACAACAGCCGGCGCAGUCGCUCUGGGACAUACAGUUCUCGCUCACGCUCGCGAUCCCACAGCCGGAGUCCCUCGCCUCGGAGACAACCGCCCUCGCCUCUCCUCCCUCACCUCAAAUCCAAGGCAGCCCACCACAGCAACAGCGAUUCCAAGACCGGCGGACGUCACAACAACAACAACGGUGGCGGUGGCCACCACAAGAGAAAACGCUCACGUUCUCGUUCCCGCUCUCGCACGCCACUCAAAACCGAAAGGGAGCGGGACCGAGAGAGGGACAGGGACAGGGAUCGCGGCGCCUUUGACACGUCCUCGAAGAAGCACAAACACGAGCGCAGCGCCGGACAUCGAGGAGACAGGCGAGACGGGGAGAGGUCACGGUCAUAUGACAGGGACAGAGAGCGCGAGCGUGCUCACAAGGGCAAACAUCACAGCAGUAGUAGCGGACAUUCGGGACACGGAAGACACAGACGCUGACACUCGCUUCGGCAACGAUGCUUUUCCAAAAUGUAAAUAAUUUCAGGAGUGCACAAGACAGCGUUGACGUUUGGGAUUCCUGCUUUGUUUUCCGGGUUUCCCAAACGCAUCUUUCAUUUGACUCAAAAGACGUCUUUAACAGGAAUGCUCAUUUUCAUACCUUUGUGGUAGCAGACCGAAAUUUGUUUUGUUGCCAGAAGCCGCCAUCCGGUGUGUCAAGUCCUCUGUUCAUGUCACACACCUGCUAACAUUUAGCUUCGAUGUGGACUGUGCGAGGACCCACCAACUGUGGCUUGGCGAAAUGUCGCUUCACGUUGCAUCACGUUGCCCUGCCUGCCCGAGCUGAUCGAUUCAAGUAGCAAAGCAUCUAUUUACAGUGUAAAGUUGGAUUGAUGUCCACUGGUAUAAAUGUCAAUGCUUUAAUUUUUUAAAGCGAUCUGCACAGUGGAUAGCUUGGAUGAAAAUGUCAAAAGCAUUCAGUAAAGCGCAGAAUUUUACAGGCGGGUCUUUGGUCUGUUUUUUUUUUUUUUAAGACCAGUUAUUCUUUACAUAUUGUGAUGCAGACUUAAAUUUAAAGAACAAAUUGGGGCUGUCAACUGGUUACACUGGUUUUAGUAUACAAAUAUUCAUGUCUAAUUUUUAUUCAAUAAAUAAGUUGAAGCACUAAA